AUGACGGCCAACGCAGGUGCGCCCGCGGGCACCACCCUAUCGGACAUUCCACUGGAACACCUCAGUCUUUACCAUGCUGUCGACUCCUACCUUUCCUCCGUCCUCGUCUUCUAUGGCCCCGUUGCGACCGCCAAUGCCACCGUGAGCAGUUCACGUAUUCAGGCGCAUAUUUUCAGCCCCGCAGGCUUCCAAAGUUACAAUCGAAUAACAAUCUCGCCUGCUGCACCGCUAUAUGCAGCUGUAAAUCACUUGCCCCGCGAAAGACAAGGUGAUGCAGUUUGUCGCGCACUCGCCGUUAGCAUGUUAAAAUACUUCGCCGAGUUGUCUGAUCCUCUGAAGAUCCACUUAGCUGAAAGGUCACAGCCAGCGCGACAAGGUGGAAGGUUACCGAAGUUGUUCGACGAGAUGCACGCCGCAGAGUUGGCGAGCCGUAUGAUAAAGGUGGAAGACUCAGCAGACAUCAUUCGAGAUAUUCGCACUUCAUUCCAGGAGCGUAAGGCUCCUUGGACCGACCUCGAUGUUGUCCUACCGGCCGGUACAAUACAACACCCCGAGAGAAGAGAAAGCUCGGAUUCGGAUCUUGAAGUGUCACAGAACCUUCAAUAUGGCCCAUAUACUCCCCUCAUUAUGGCGCUCGGAGAUCCCAUGUUUCUACCUACAUCACGUCUUAAACGUGCGCCGUCACAAUCGACCAAUGUGAGCAAGUCUAGGAUAUUCACACGUGGUCAGAAAGAAUCUGUUCGCCUUACCAUGUGUGAGCUUGUGGACACCGAAGAGCGAUAUGUUGCCAAAUUGUAUUCGCUUGUUCACGAGGUUGCGGACGAAUUCCGCCAAAAAGCCCAUGGAAGAGGUCCGUCCAGUACAAGUCCGGACGAGUCAGCCUUGGAAACACUCUUUCCACCGUGUUUGGAUGAGAUUCUGGAAGUCAAUCUUGGAUUCUUAGACGUCAUUCGGCAGGUCCUCGACGACACCGAGAAGGACGCACUCGAAGACAUUGGACAAGACACUGAGCUCCCCGCACGUCGAAAUGCAGCACGAGAAAAUAGAGAUGUGAUAGGCGCUGCUGAAUUUGCCCAAGCAUUGCUGGAUUGGUUACCACAGUUCUCCCAGCCAUAUGCCGAGUACAUGCGGGCACAUAAUGGUUUUGCUCAGAUACUGAACUCGUUUAUGCGAGACAAGAACUCUAGUUUUUCGAAACGUGUCUACGAGACGGGAGAGCAGAGACUUCGAUCUCUUUUGAUGGAGCCUGUUCAGCGACUUCCUCGCUACAGUUUGUUGAUUGAUACUAUGACAGGAAGUUUGCCCUUGGUUCAUCCUGCGGUGCGUCCUUUGCUGAAGGCUCGGGACAUGGUGAAAGACAUCUGCGCCCUGGAAAACUCCUCCCCGUCUGGCCACGCGCAAAGUCUUCGUCGUUUGAGGGAGCUUGUUGAUGGUUGGCCUGCUAAGAUAUUCCCGGAUGGCCGCUUGAUCACGGCAGUUGAUGUUGAUGAAGUAACCCCUCCAUACCAACUGGAUGGACAGCCAACAGGCCCUGGAGCUGGGAUUUUGCUUCUCUAUAGAAACUGUCUCGUGAUACUCGCAAAGUCUACAGAUGCCCGAAGCACAGCACGUGGAGUGCUGGCAGACAUUGAUAAUGCUGCCUCUUCAACUACCGAUGCGUCCAUGAAUCUACCAUCUUCCGAGCUCAAGGUUGCACAAGUCCUAGAGCUUCAUACCGUGCGCUGUAUGCAAUCGGCAUGUGGACGGAUAUUAUUCAUUGCGCCAGCCUCAAAUCGGUCACGCCCGGACCCGCUUGACAGUGGGUCGGAUCUUAUAGCGUUAGAGUUGACUUCUAUGUAUGAGGGCAAGGCCAACCGCCUUAUCGAAGAAAUAGCCAAGGCUAAAAUUGAAGGCCGAUUCCCAGAGCAAGAGCGAGAAGGUGGCAAAUGGACCUUGCGGAGUCCUCCUGCUACUCUAGGCACUACUAAUAUUCUGGCCUGCGUGUGUGAGGAUGGCCAGACCGUGGCCUUGAAUCAACCAAACUCGUCCCCCAUUCGCAUGGUAUUUGACAAACCAAAGGGUAAUUCGAUUCAAACUUUGAAGAGCUCCCACUUAGAGAUGAUCAUAUCCAUUUCUUUACCCAGCGGUGAUCAAUUUCGAAUGGAUGUGGAUUCUGUGAUUGGUGCCCCAUCAACAGAUCUGGUGUCGGCAGAAACCUUCAUUCCAACUCUCUCCAAACGCCUGCAGAGUCUCCUUUCAUCUCUCAACAGUCCUCACAACCCCAAGGUCAUGACCCCAUUUGUUAGGUCAAAUUUUGAGAUUAUUCGAUACAUUGCAAGCGGCUUGAUCACCCAGGUCAAGUCCUCCCGUGGAUUCAGGCCACCUUCACCGACCAAGUUGAUAUCGAAUCUGCUGGGGGGAAGCCGCGACAAUGUCCCCACUAUCAAACAGCCAAACUCUGCGACAUUGUUAGGGGAAUUCCCUAAGAUGCCCCCUCCCAGGGCCAAUCUCUCUAGAUCAAACACUCUGCCUUCCACAUUCCCUGGCAAGGAGAAAGAAAAAGACAAGGAGAAAGAGAAAGAGAAAGAGAAGGAGAAGGAGAAGGAGAAAGGAGAAACUCCAAGCAAAAUUUCAGUGGUUGGAACGCCUGCUGCACGAGGCCCUGACGGUCAACUUGGAUCACUGGAGCAAACGUUUGCAGCCUACGUGCUCUCCUUGCAAUCUAGAAGUGGAAAUAUUCUGGGGCGUAUGCUUCGCGCUAGAGAUACUGCAGACCGGUCGCCAGUCAAUGAGCUUUAUAAUAUUCUGUUGGAGGACCCCUCUAAGCUUCAAGCUGCCGCAGAGGUGCCCGUUGACACCUUGUUUGUCGCAUUCGAAACUUUUAUGAAAAACGCGUGGAAGCGCAGUAUGGGACCCGUGCUGGAUGAAUCAUCAUUGCAGCAGCUUCAAAGUCAAUUUGACACCAUGUUUCCUCGUGAUUUUGAUGAGCAAUUCCGCAAGUUCCUGGCAGAUACUAGCCCACAGAAUCGACGUGCUUUGGCUGCGAUAAUCCGGUUGCUUGCUGAACUUCUAGAUGCAUCUGGCAAUGAUGGAGACCGCGGAGCACUUACAAUGGCUUUCGCCGAGGUUCUUACAGAGAAUGGGGCACCUGUACAGCAUGUAUCGCUUUUGGACAGACUUGUUGAAGACUUUGACAUUCUCUUUGAAGAGUUCAUUCCAGGUGGAGCCUCGGUUGAAGGAACCCUGACUUGUGAUCAGACCCAAUCCAAAACGUCGCACACAAAUACUGGGUCUGUGGGCUCUAAUAAUUCAUCAUUCCGGAAGCGCUUCGGAUUUGGUCUUCACAAGGAUAGCCAUAGGAGUGAAGGUGAAAGCAAAGUUGCAUCGAUAUUGCGAACACUGAGCAAGAAACAAAGCCCAGCUGAUUCAGAGCCCAAUACCCCUAAAGGAUCUCUUUUACGUUCUAAGUCCACUGAUAUAGAUGCACGUUUGGGUUUCCUUCGUCCUGCAUCUCGUGAUCGCCCGGUCGGAUUUGGUUUCUCGUCCGAAGAACAAAUUUCAAGACCAGGCACUGGCCAUGGACAGACCCCGUCUUUAUCUUCCAUUCGAGGGAUAUCCCACGAUGGCAUUAUGAAACCCCGCCGAAAACGAAGAAGUUCUCUGUCAGAUCUACGUCCCCAAACCGCAUCUUCAGAGGCAUCCAAUCUCUCCAGUGUCUCCAAUGUCUCCCCAACCCAAAAGUUACGCCCGGUCACUCCAAAUAGCCGCCCUCGAGCUGAGCCAACUACACCAACCAGCCAGCCACCAAGACCACAUAGCAGUUAUUUCUCACGAUCACCCACAAGGGGUACGUCGCCGGGGAAGGCAAACUCUCCUACCCGCUUUGGAUCACCCAUUCGACGAAUUUCGCCACCACGUCCUUCGACUCCAAGUAGAAAAGAAAAUAUUGAUCCUCAGAUGGCCCAAACAGAACGGGCUGCCAAGACUUCGCGUGUCAUUCCAGACUCGCCAACUCAGGAAUCGAAGAGACGAUCCCGCACGACUAGCAUUCCACAGCGAACACCGGGACUACGAGAGAGGCCUUCGGCCAACACCGAAAACAAACGCCCGCAGUCUUCAUCCUCGUCCCAAAGAACCCCAAAGUUACGGAUGCAAAGCCCACAAAAGCUCCGUGAACGCGUCAAGUCCGAGAAGAAAACCCAGGCAACUGUACAGAUUGGUCUUCGAGACGAGCUAACAGCUCUUGGCGACGAGGUGCAUGCUUUGAGGCUUACACCAUCGAGACAAUCUAGUAUGGAGCCGAAUGGGAGCUCUGCUGAGUCUGAACCAUCUUCAGAAAGAGAUGCAAUUCUAGAGAGUCGUUUCCGCAUGCUCGAAGACCGAUUCGAGCAGUUCGCAGGAGAAUACAACGGACGGACCGCUGUACUUGAGAAAGAUGUGGAAUCAUCUCUGGUUGUCAGUGAAAGACGAGUAAAGAAGCUGGACGAAUUGUACCGGGAGGCUAGUGCUGAGAAUGAAGCCCUAUACGACCGGUUCAACUCGGAGCUCAGCAAACUUUCCAAGGAUGUGCGAGCAGGCAGCGCAGAGGAUUCUCUACAAUCGCAACUCCACAAUGCGAUGGAAGAAAUCAGCCGCCUGAAGAAAGAAAACUUCCGACUCAAGAGAGAAGUCGGAGGUCUCCGAGCUCAACAGGCUGCCGUCGCUUUAUCCAGAGCAAGCGAUCAAUGA